ACGUUGAGUACUAAAACCCCAACUCUCGAUUCUCUCCUUCACUCUACGGGAAAGCCUUCGGCGGCGAAGAAGAGAAACCCGAAUUUAGCUUUCUCUGCAGUAAACCAAGGGAGAAAAAAUGGGUUUCUUUUCUUUCCUCGGGAGAGUCCUUUUCGCUUCUCUCUUCAUCCUGUCCGCCUGGCAAAUGUUUAAUGAAUUUGGGCCUGAUGGUGGGCCUGCGGCAAAGGAGUUGAUACCGAAGCUUACUCUUGUUAAGAAACAUGUAUCUGCCCAACUCAAACUGAAACUGCCAGAUAUUGAUGUGAAGCAGGUAGUUGCAACUGCAAUUGCUUUGAAAGGACUGGGAGGCAUUUUAUUCGUAUUUGGCCAAACUUUUGGAGCAUAUCUUCUGCUUGUUUACUUGGCGUUAAGCACUCCACUUCUGUAUGAUUUCUACAACUAUAGCUCCAGUGACCCUAAAUUUCAGGGUCUCUUGUGCAAUUUCUUGCAUAGUGUUGCACUGUUUGGUGCAUUGCUUUUCUUCUGGGGAAUGAAGAACUCUAUGUCAAAGAGGCAACUGAAAAAGAAGCCUGCCACCAAGACAACAAAAGCAGCUUAGAUAUUAUUUAAGGAACAAAAUGUUCACGUAGGCCAACAGUCAAGUAAUGCUGCUAUUUGGUGGCUGGCAUUAUUUUGUGGAUCCAUCCGUGCCAAGUUUGCUCCUGCCCUUGUACUGUUGUUAUUUUGAUUGUUUAUUAGGUGACUGAACUUGGGUUGCGCUUGCCCCUUGUUUAUUUAUUUCUUGGUCAGAUUUAAUUUUGAGCUUGAAACGUUAGGAUUAGACUUCAGAUGUCUUUUAUAUUUUCUGGCAGUCCAUAUAAAAUCACAAAAGCAGUUUAUUUC